AAUAAAAAUCGAGAAUCCAACCAAAUCUCAAUUACACACCAAAAAAAUCAGCUAAUUCCGGCUGAGAUAGAGUCCUAGGUAUCUUCUUCUUCCAAUUUCUCUCUACUUUCAACACACAUUACAAAACCUCUCUUCUCCCCCAUUCUAACUCAUUAAUUCCACACAAUAUUGCUUUCAGGUUUAGGGUUCUUAUGUUGAGAGAGGAGACUGAUUUCACACAAUGGGCGCCCUCUGUUGUUGUUUUCGUGUUCAUGAUGUGCAAGAUGAUGAUAGUAAUAAUAGCUCGAAUAAUUCGAGUCCCGAUAAUUGUUUGUGCCCGAAAAGCUUCUUUAGCAAGUUGUUGAGCAAGAAAAAAGCCACCUCACCGCCUAGUCAGCAUGCGUCUUCUUCAAAUACUGAAGUGGUUUCAAACAGUUCGUCUCAUUCCAGUGGGGCCCACAAUGCAGCUUCGUCCGAAAGCGCUAGUGCCAGGUUAUUGCAAGAAGAACAAAGUGAUGGAUCAAGGGGAAGACAGGAAAAAGGAAACAGCCGUUCGAGAGUUCAGCCCGAGCCAGCUGGACAAAGUGGUACUCAAAUAAACCCAAAAUCUACAGGAGAGGGCAAAAUAGUCAUUUCGGUCAGUGAAGUUGAGGUUCAAGAACGGAAAUCCCAGUCAUCGAAAAAAGUUGAACUUUCGUUUCCCUCACUACGUGAAGUCGAGGAGUGUCCAACGUGUCUUGAGGAGUAUACGGAAGAAAAUCCAAAGAUAAUAGCGAAAUGUUCACAUCAUUAUCACCUCAGUUGUAUCUACGAAUGGAUGGAGAGGAGCCACAAUUGUCCGGUUUGUAGAGAGUUGAUGCUGUUCGAUGAAUAAACUUGAGCGAACAAUGUGGGACCGGAGCUGCAAGAACAAGGAAGAGAUAAUAAUUCAUGAGGAUACAUGUCGAUUAAAGGUUUUUAUACUAAUAUUAUUGAAUUUUGUUUUCUUGCAAAAUAUCUCGAAAUAGGGCAUUUUUCACGUAUGGUUCUUCCGAUUGUUCACCUUAUAAAUUAUUUUUUUCUCCACCCCAAUAUCAUGUUCAAUUUGUUCUAUAUAUUUUCACACACACACACACACACACACACACACACACACACGCACACACACACACAUUAAGUGUGUGUAAUUUGGUCCAUCUGAAAUAAGUAUUGAGGCACAAUUAGAAUAGGACUUGCAAGAAUCACACAUAAGAUUUAAUUACAUUAUUAUUGUCAAUUAAGAUUCUUAAUGAGCUCCACAAUUUACAGCCCCAUAUGAAUAUAACUCAUGGCAAAAGAGUAAUUUGAAGUCAUCAUCA